CCCAUCAUUCUCAUCAACCUUUAAUUUAUACAAAAAUCUUGAAAAUGAUUCACAUUCUCUUCAUCCUAUGCUCUCUCCUCACCUUCUCCGCAAAUGCCGCGGUGCAAGACUUUUGUGUUGCGGACCUGAAAGGUCCAGAAAGCCCAGCAGGCUAUUCUUGCAAGCCUGCCGCGACAGUAACCGUAGAUGACUUUAUGUCAUCUGGUGUAGGCUCUGCUGGAAACACUUCCAACAUCAUCAAAGCCGCCGUCACUCCAGCAUUUACUGAGCAAUUCCCCGGUGUGAAUGGGCUCGGGAUCUCCAUUGCCCGGUUGGAUGUAGCCGUUGGUGGUGUGAUCCCAAUGCACACACACCCGGGUGGUUCUGAGCUCCUUUUGGUGACACAAGGGUUUAUUCAAGCCGGUUUUAUCUCCUCGGCUAAUACGGUUUACGUGAAGACAUUAAAGAAGGGUGAUAUUAUGUUGUUUCCUCAAGGGUUGUUGCAUUUUCAGGUGAAUGCUGGUGGUGUUACCGCGGUUGCAUAUGCGAGCUUCAGUAGCGCGACACCGGGCCUACAGAUUCUUGAUUUCGCAUUGUUUGCUAAUGAUUUGCCGUCGAAAUUGGUGGAGGCGACUACUUUCCUUGAUGAUGCAACUGUGAAGGCGCUCAAGGCUGUUCUUGGUGGAACUGGCUAAGUAAACUUAUCAUAAGUUCAUGUGCACACCAUUCUUUGUGUUGAUUAUAUUACCAAUAUCUGUUUUGUACGUCAUUGUUAUAACUUAAUUAAUAAAGUUCUAUGUUUUAUAUGGAA